AGUCACUUGGGUGCUAGCUUCAGGAUAGUUUGAUUGUUUUUGUGACUAAAGUGAUAUGAAACGCAUCUUUUUGGUUUUUAUUAAGUUCAUAGUGCGUCUUGUACAGGACAACAAUUUCGCGUAAAAGUGCGUAAAUCGUGUCGACGAAUUCGAGUCAAGGAUCCGAUUGUGUUCGAUUUCAAUUGAAUAAUUAACACGUUAGUUAACGAUAUAGUUAAUCCGAAUAAACACCAAAACUGGAGAGCCUUUACUCUAGUUUUGUGACGAUAUCGCCUGAACUGAAGGACUUUUUGAGCGAGGUCGACGUUUGUGUGGACAAAAUUGCGCCGCUAACGGAUAAUAGCCAACAUUCCAGUUUCGUGACAAUAUCGUCGGAGUUUCAGCUAAAGGACUUCUCUUGGGACGUCGAGGUUGGCGCUGACAAAAUUGCGCCGCUAAAGGAAAACGUGUCGGAGUACGGCGGCGGAGCGCGGGUAGUUUGGGCCAUGUCGGCGGGCGAUCGGGAGUCGGAGGCGCAAGCCAAGAAGGGGGAAGAUGGACAGACGACUGAAGGAGGAAGUCGGGCUGCGACAGCCUUGAAGGAGCAUUGGUGUGUCUCUUUGAGGAUCGUGGAAUUCAUCCUCGCUGUGAUCGCCAUCGGUCUACUAGUGGGCACCCAGUAUGCUCCACAAGUUUUCCACUCGAACAUUCGCCACAUCUCCUUGGUCUACUCAGCUUAUUCGAGUUUCAUCAUCAUCACCGGUGUGCUGAUCAUCGCGCGGUUGCUGGGCGAGUCGGCGGCAUGGAGGACUUCGCUGGCCUUUUCUGCCGUCGGAGCCAUCAUGUUUAUAGCUUCAGCUGGCAUCAUAUUCUAUGAUUGGCACAGAUCCUACUACGCAAACGUUCGUCCCAACAAGGGCGCCUAUGACCUCAUCUUAUCUUCAGGCGUAUUCGCCGUCAUCGACGGUGCCGUAUUCCUUAUUCAUGCCUUCUUUACUUUCAGGAAAGAAGCUGAAUAUUGAAUGUUGAUAACAAUUCUUUUGCACACAAAAUUCUACAAAAUUGCCCGCGCUUAAUUAAAAAUAACAGUUCUAAAGUAAAAAAAAAACCUGAAAACCCUAGCUUUUUUGACAGAACUUCAGAAAUAUAGAUGACAUUGCUUUUAAUUAAGUAAAUACAUCGAUGUAGCCAAAAUUUUGUGUACAAAAUAAUUGGCGCCAAUUAUUUUAGUAUUUUAUUUUUAAUUAAUAUCGUAACUAAGUUGUAACAUUUAUCAUUUUUAUUUACUCCCAAAGUAUUAGCUAAGGAUCAUAGGUGUAAUGGUGUAAUUAUACGUAAUAAUCGGAUACUUUGUACAUAAUAUUUUAUUUAAGUUGUCCUGGAGUGUAGCUUGGAUUAUAUUUUUAAUUUUUAAUAAUUUAUAUUUUAUCUUAACGUAAUAUUAUAACUACGGGAUAAAAGUUGUCCAAAAGACGCAGCUGUUUCUAUGAAUAAUAAAAAUCAUUACUUUCGGCCGAGACAGUGCAAGUUAGAAAUGAAACUUUUUAAUUUAAGUUUUUAGAAAUUAAGUUUAUUUCAUAGAAUAAGGGAACUCGAAAAAGAAUGGUAUAAGUUUUAUUACUAAAUAGUAAAUGUUAAUGUGUAACAUGUUUUAUUGUUUAGGUUUGUAAUAAAAUACUAAAACAUUCCAUUUCCAAGUUUCAGUACUGCUGCCCGAGUAAGCAGUUAGUGAAAUCGGGUACCUAUUAUAAAAAUUAUGCUUUUUAUAAAAAUAUAAGUAGUGGAAAUAAUUUGCUACGACCCACGUUCGUAUUUAUUUUGAAUACAACAAAAUCCAUGAAUGAUACAAAGAAAAUAAGACCCCAUGUAUGAUGUAUCCUUAUGGCUAAAAUAUCUUCGAACCAAGUACGAGAAAAACCACCGCUGCUAACAUAGAGUAAUUAACAUUUACAAAAUUAAAUAAACUAACUAAUUGACUAAUCUGUUUCCCACUUAUGUAAGCAUAUAAUAUUGGGUAAUCUAGGGUUUAUACUUAUGAACUCAUUAAACAUGAUUGUGAAAUUAGUAAAAAAUCAAACAAUAUUGGGUUCAAUUUCUUAUUAAUCCAUAUUAUGGGUGCCAAAUACGAGAAAAUAUAUUUUAACACGUACUUAUUAAACUUAAAAGAUCAGCAGCAAAAUGACGUACAGUAAUAUGUGCGUAGAGUAAAUAGAUACGUAUAGUUUUAUUAUAAUUUUUUAAUUUUAUGUACAGGAGGAAGGCCAAAGCAGUAAUCAGUAUCCGUCCAGUGGUAGUUAAGUUUUACUUUUCACUUCUAUAACCCUCCAACCUUUGAAUAUCAUAAUAUUAUCAUUACUUAACAUUUAACAAUGAUUAUUCUUUUAUUAACAACGAAAUCCUUUAAUUCUUUGAAUGUUACUAACAAUCUUAUUUUCUUUACUUUCAAGUUUUAGUUUAUAUGGUAGAAUUAAAAUCUCAUUAUUAUUUAGAUAAGAAUAUUUUAUGUUAUCUAAUAUCUUCAUUAUUUAAGUGCAGUGUAUUACUAUGUUAAUUAAGUGCCUACUUAUACAUAUUAUGCUUAUUAAGUUAUUAAUAGUGAAAAUAUUGCAAAGGUAACAAAAAUAAAAUUAAUAAUUUAAAAAUA